UAAUAUAAAAAAUGUGUUUAAUGCUUAUUUGAGGCUACCCAAAUUAAAAAGAGCGUUGAAAUUAGGAAUCUCUCGAGUUGUUUUCCCCUGUUUCCGUCCUUCUUAGUCCAAUCUCUCUCCUCGUCUCCUGUAAUGCUUGCACACUUUGAUCUACAACCACUGCAAUCUAGUAUUUUGGUACUCAAAAUCAACCAACAAAGCUUUAAUUUGAAGCUUGUUGAUCUAAUUUUGACUUACAAAUUUACCAGAACACAAAAUUACAUACCAUGUAUUCAGAUGAGUUUCUUCGUUUUCACUUUUCAUUAAAGAAUUUGGGUUUAGUUUGCAUCUUGAGUUUUUUUACGCCAAAAUCUUAACAUUGAUUAGUUUGUAAUUAGGACCAACUCUUUAACUCAUAUUCCCAGUUCAAAAAAUCAGUCCUUUGUUGAUCAAAGAUGAAGUAGUACUUGAUUUAUUUUUGGCACGGAUUUUCAUGCUGUAUUUGGCGCGAAAAUGUUAAGAAUCAACAACUUCCUCACAAUUUGAUUUUUGCACUAACUAUGAGCACUAACUGUUCGAUGAAAUGUCUGAAAGAGAUAAUGUGCUGGGAUUUACUUUUUGGCAAAAAAAAAAAAAAAAAAAAAAAAAGAAGAGAUUAUAUUUCAAACAAAAAAAAUUGUAAUUUAUGAUAAUAGCUGAAGACGACGAAUUAUGGUAACCCCACCAUUUUUAUAGUAUUUGAAUGGUAAUCAAGCGUGGUGUUUUCUGUACUUGUUCAGUUGUUUGUAUAUCAUAAUUCAAGGAUGUUGACGUAUUUAACUUUUGAGUUUUGUGGUACGUAAUACAUCUUCAAUUGAUAUAUUUUAACUUUAAGCACCUGCACAUUCAUAGAAAUUGUAUGGUGGAAGUAGUGUAGAAAAGUCUUCAGAUGAUUAGUCUUAGUAAGAUGCUGAUUCUUUGACUGUUGCGAGCUUGUUGUAUUCUUAACUAUACUUCUUUGGUGAAUUAUGCUGAUACAGCUUUCAGAUUAAAUGUCUGUUUUCACUCUUAGUGAAGCAUUUUGAAGCUUUAGGCAAUUAUAACUAGCUCCAUGAAGUUCUUUUUAUAUAAACUCUUGUUCUUGAUUCCUCUACUGCAAUGCAGGGCUAGUGACUGCUUAGAAAAAGGCUUUAGGAUCACUAAUGGUACAACCAAUUUAGUAUCUCAAGGGGGGAUGUUUGAGUUUGGGUUUUUCACUCCUGAUGAGAAGGCCGUAAAUCGCAGGUUUCUGGGAAUAUGGUAUCACAAGCAGAACAAUCCCAAGAUAGUGGUGUGGGUUGCAAAUAGAGAUAAACCCCUGUUGGAUUCCUAUGGCUACCUUGUACUUGAUGAUUCUGAUGCCAAGCUAUUGGAUAGGAAUGGUGUUGCCUACUGGUCAACCGAUGAUGUGCUAUCGGAGCACAAACAGUCCAUGGGGACUAUUAAACACUACGAGGUUACUUCGAAUAAGCUUCCUCCUUUACCGACUGAAGAUGCAACUGAUGUAUCAAAUAAAACUAGGAGUUUAAUAAGACUAUGUCUGCUUAAUAACGGAAACUUAAUAUUAAGUGAUAGGAGAGUGAAAAGAGCACCGCUAUGGCAAAGUUUUGGGCACCCAACUGACACACUUCUUCCAGGGAUGGUUGCAGAUGGAAGUUUAAGCCUUUUAGCGUCAAGCAAGCUGGUAUCUUGGCAAAACCACAACAACCCAGCCCUAGGAAAGUUCUCGUUUCCGCUACAACUUGUCACACCUAAUGAUUUGUAUAUUGCCAAAAGAGGAGUUCCAAAUUAUUGGCAGAGUGGAACAACCCCUUUUGACAAGAUUCCAUCAGCUUUGUCUGGAUUAUGGAAUAAUGGCAAUCCCUCUCUUCAGAACAACACACGAUUAGUGAUGAACUUCACAGGACAGAUUCAGUUAUGGCAUUGGGAAAGUGAAAGAGGCUGGUCCUUGAAUUGGUCGGAGCCAAAAGAUGGUUGUAGAUUGUAUGAUAAGUGUGGUCGUUUUGGCAGUUGCAAUAGUAACAAUGGGUUGUUGUGCAAGUGCUUGCCAGGAUUUAAGCCUACUGCUAAGUGGAAAUUGGGAGACUCUUCUGGAGGGUGCUCUCAAAAAUCUGGACCUGCUUGUGAUAGGAAUGACAGUACUUUGAAUGAUAUUUUCUUGACAUUCCCCAUGAUGAAACUGGGAAACCGAACUUGUAAAGUAUCUACUUCUAGCGAAGGUACUUGCAGAGGUCGAUGCCUUAGUGAUUGCACUUGUGUAGCUUACUUUGAAGGUCCUGCCGAUUGUUCUGGACCAGGCACUGUGACUGAGAACAAAUGCUUGACAUGGACUGAACUGACUGAUUUGCAGGAGGAGUCUUCUGAUGGAAUUACUAUUUUGGUCCGCACAACACGGGAUGAUAUAGAUCCAACCUUAAGGGCAUGCAAUCAUUGUGGAACUUAUAUCAUCCCCUAUCCCCUAAGCACUGGGGGAAACUGUGGGAAUCCCUCGUACUCCCAUUUUAAUUGCAAUAAGCAAACAGGUCAAGUUCACUUAUCAACUCCAAGUGGCAACUUCAGAGUCAACUCAAUUGAUCCAGACAAUAAGCUCUUUUCUAUCCAAGUCAUGCAUAAUAUUUGUGACGAUAAAUACAUACACUUGUCCGUAUUGUCACUCAACAACUCCUUGCCAUUCACUUUUAGAAACUGCAAUGUUGUUGAGAACCAACCUUUGAUUCAAGUUGCACAGCCUUUUAUUGAAGUUGAAAUAGGUUGGAAUCCACCGCCAGAAUUUUCUUGUCGUGCACCCUUAAAUUGUAGCCAAUGGCCUCAUACUACAUGCAAAGCCAAAGGGGGUGAUAUGAGGUGCAUUUGUGGAUCGAAAUUUCGAUGGAAUGGCUUCGAGCUGGAAUGUACCAGAGUUCCCUUUCCUAUGAAGGUUGUGGUUCCUUGCGUAGCUGGUGCAUUGGCAAUUAUACUUGUGUGCAGCAUAUUAUCUAUUUAUCAUAUAAGGGAAAGAAGAAUGGUUAAAGGACAAGACUCGUCUGAAUUCAAGGGAGAUGAUACUGAAGGCAUAGAUGUGCCUUUUUUCAAUUGGGAAAGCAUACUUGCUGCUACAAACAACUUUGCAGAUGCAAAUAAACUUGGAACAGGGGGAUUUGGUUCAGUUUACAGAGGUGAGCUUCCAGAUGGGCAGAUAAUUGCUGUCAAGAGGCUCUCAAGUGUAUCAGUGGAAGGCAUUGCAGAAUUUAAGACUGAGGUUAUGUUGAUUGCCAAACUCCAGCAUCGGAACCUUGUAAGACUUAUUGGGUAUUGCACGAAAGCCGAUGAGAAGAUUUUAGUCUAUGAAUACAUGCCCAAUGGAAGCCUAGACUCUUGUUUGUUUGAUGAAAGGCAUUCUGUGUAUUUAGACUGGAAAAAGCGUUUUGAUAUCAUUUUGGGAAUAGCUCGGGGCCUUCUUUAUCUUCACCAAGACUCGAGGCUUAGGAUUAUUCACCGAGAUCUUAAACCAAGCAACAUUCUACUUGAUGAGGAGCUCAAUCCAAAAAUUUCAGACUUUGGCAUAGCAAGGAUUGUUGGAGGGAAGGAAACAGAGGCAAGCACUGGCAAAGUCGUUGGAACAUAUGGUUAUAUGUCUCCAGAAUAUGCAUAUGAAGGGAUCUUUUCACUUAAGUCUGAUGUUUUUAGCUUUGGCGUGGUUAUAUUGGAGACUAUACGGGGCAAAAGGAAUUCGAGGAUCUUUAUCUUUGAGCACGGUGUGAAUCUCCUGGGACAUGCCUGGAAGAUGUGGAAUGAAGAUCAAGGAUUGGAAUUGAUGGACCCAAAACUCAACGAAUCGUGCAUAUAUUCAGAAGUUCUAAGGUGCAUUCAUAUUGGUUUGUUGUGUGUACAAGAAGAUCCAAGUGAUCGCCCUUCUAUGUCAACUGUAGUUCACAUGUUAAGCGCUGAAAAUGCCUCUCUUCCACCAGCCAAACAACCGGCUUUCAUGAACAGGAGACCAUUAUCAGAGAAUGCCUCAACUUCUAGUGCAAAGGAUUCAAGUGGGCAUGAGGUGAUGAGUGUAUCUACAGUAGGCCGGGAUGCUGAUGCUUUUGACGGUUCUGAGCUUGUUCAUGUGGUGAAAGAUGACAUAUGUGGCUUUGUUUUAACCUGGUUUGUCAAGCGAUACCCUGAUAGCGACUCCUCUAGGGACUGCUUAGAAGAAGGUUCUAUGAUUAGGGAUGGUACUAGUAACAGUACUCUAGUAUCUCCGGGUGGAGUGUUUGAGCUCGGAUUCUUCACUCCUGGUGGGAACAAUAGUAAGAGCAGGUUUUUGGGCAUAUGGUAUAAUACCUAUAACGACGAGCCUAAUUCUAAGAUUAUUGUGUGGGUUGCUAAUAGAGAUAAGCCACUGCUGGAUUCCGGUGGCUCCCUUAUUGUAAAAAAUGGUAGUGCCAUGGUAAUGGAUAUAGAAGGUGUGAUCUACUGGUCCGCUGAAGUUGCUCCAUCUAGUAAUGCAAGUUAUUGUCUACAAGACACUGGCAACUUAAUUUGCAACAGAAUGGGGGAGAGAGUAAAUCAGGUUCUGUGGCAAAGCUUUGAUGACCCAACUGAUAUAUUUCUUCAGGGAAUGAAUGGUGCUGAAGCUUUGACGUCAUGGGAGACGAGCAAUAAUCCAGCACUGGGUAACUAUACAUUCUUGCAGAUCGAAGGGAACAAAGGCAACAAAUUGGUUAUUAUUAAAAAAGGAUCGCCACAAUAUUGGGAGAACAAAGUCUCAUCUUUUGAUCAUGCACCACCAAUAUUGUCUAAUAUAUCGCUGAAAAAUAUUUCUCGGUUAGAAGGUUAUAAUAAUACGAGAUUGGUGAUGAAGUUUACUGGGCAAGUUCAAUUCUGGAAAUGGGAAAGUGAAAGAGGGUGGUCCUUGAAGUUGGCAGAGCCAAAUGAUAGAUGUAAUUUGAACAAAAUAUGUGGAAACUUUGGCAGCUGCAAUAGUAAUAAUGGGUUUUUGUGUACGUGCUUGCCAGGCUUUGUUCCUAGUUCACCAGACAGCUGGCGUUCAGGAAGAUUCUUUGAGGGAUGUUCGCCAACGUCAGCAACCUGCAGUAGGAGUUAUUCCGACGAUGUGUUCUUCAGGAUGCCUAUGAUGAAAGUUAUCCCCCAUAAUAAUGAGACAAAUAAGAAUUGUACAGAUGCAUGCCUCAAGGAUUGUAAUUGUGUGGCUUACUCUUGUGGUGUUGCUACUUGCACAGGUACGUUAAAUGAGAGGUGCUUGAUGUGGAGUAAUGAAAUUACUGGCUUACAAGAGGAAUAUCGCGAUGGGAUUACAAUAUUUAUUCGUAGUACAUGUUCUAUUAUAGAAUUAACAUCUAGAAACUGCAAGACUUGCGGAAUUUAUGUCAUUCCCUAUCCCCUUAGCACUUCUGCAGAUUGUGGGGAUCCAUUAUAUGCCGAUUUCCACUGCAAUGAGAAAACAGGGCAAGAUCACUCGGUGUACAGUGUUAAAAACUGCACUUCUCUGAAGGAGCAGCGCUUUUUGGGAGUUGACCAAUCCUUUAUUGAGUUUGAGAUGGGCUGGAAACCUCCACGAGAACCUAUUUGUAGUGAGCAUUCAGAGUGUCAAGCUUGGCCCCUUACUACUUGCAAAUCACCAGGAAUCGGUGAGUCGAGGUGCAUUUGUGGAUCUAGUUAUAAUUGGGAUGGAAGCAAUGUGAAGUGUACCAAAGUGAGUUUACCUCUCCAGGUUCUAAUUCCUUGCUUAGCUGCUGUAUUGGCAUCUAUUCUUCUAUGCGUGAUAUUCUUGAUCUAUCAUAUGCAAAAAAGCAGAUCUGCUAAACUACAAGGCUCUUUCGAGUUCAAAGAAGAUGAUCCUGAAAGCAUAGAUGUGCCUUUUUUCAAUUGGGAAACCAUACUUGAUGCUUCAAACAACUUUGCAGACGCAAAUAAACUAGGAGCAGGGGGAUUUGGUUCUGUGUACAGGGGAAAACUUCCAAAUGGGGUGGAAAUUGCUGUUAAGAGGCUCUCAAGUCUAUCAUUGCAAGGUAUUGAAGAAUUUAGGACCGAGGUUAAGUUGAUUGCCAAACUCCAGCAUCGGAACCUGGUAAGACUUCUUGGGUAUUGCACGAAAGCGAAUGAGAAGAUUUUAGUCUAUGAAUUCCUGCCCAAUGGAAGCCUAGACUCUUGUUUAUUUGACGAAAGGCAUUCUGUGUUUUUAGACUGGAAAAAGCGUUUUGACAUCAUUUUGGGAAUAGCACGAGGACUUCUUUAUCUUCACCAAGACUCGAGGCUUAGGAUUAUUCAUCGAGAUCUUAAACCAAGCAACAUUCUACUUGAUGAAGACCUGAAUCCAAAAAUUUCAGACUUUGGCAUAGCAAGGAUUGUUGGUGGAAAGAAAACAGAAGCAAGCACUGACAAAGUCGUUGGAACAUAUGGUUACAUGUCUCCAGAAUAUGCAUCUGAAGGGAUAUUUUCUUUCAAGUCUGAUGUUUUCAGCUUUGGCGUGAUCAUAUUGGAAACAAUAUGUGGUAAAAGGAAUUCGAGGAUGUUUAUGUUUGAGCAUGGUCUGACUCUUCUAGGACAUGCCUGGAAAAUGUGGAAUGAAGAUCAAGGAUUGGAAUUGAUAGACCCAAGACUCAAAGAAUCAUGUUGUUCAGAAGUUGUAAAGUGCAUUAAUAUUGGGUUGUUGUGUGUACAAGAAGACCCAAGUGAUCGCCCUUCUAUGUCAACCGUUAUUCACAUGUUAAAUAGUGAAAAUACCUCUCUUCCGCUGGCGAAACAACCACCUUUCAUUAAUAGGAAACCAUUAUCAGAAAAUGCCUCAACUUCCAGUGCAAAGGAUUUGAGCGUGCAUGAGGUCUUGACUGUAUCUAUAGUAGGUCGAUAGAUGAUAAUGUUUUUUUUUUUGCAUCAUUUCAUUUUUUGGAAGUUAGGGAUUUUCUUUUGUGAAGAUUGUAUUGUAUGUAAAUUGGGUAAAGGAUCCCUCUAUUUGUAAGUAAAUAAUUAAGCUGUGAACUUUUGUAUAUGUGAGUGUAUAUGAUGAUGCACUAUGUUGAACAAAAGGUUGUUGGCUGUUGCAUUACUGAACAUUUAUUAUUUAUUACUUAAAGAUCGAAAUAAUUCCCCUA